CGGGCCGCUCGGGAACUCGCAAACAUUGCCGCGCUCCCAUGUGUUUCCAGGAGAUUUUCGGUUCCCCGUUGACCUCUGGUGCGCGUGCCCGCCCAAAUCUGGACUCAAGCAGGGAGAUGCGCGUGGCCGAAUUUGACGAGAUAAUUGGGAAAAGAGGACGUUAAGCAUAGGACUAAUACAGUAGAUACAAUAAUUGUCCAAACGUUUGUCACAUUAUUCUCAGGGUAAAAUAUGAAAAAAUAGCCUGGGAAGAAUUUGAAAGGUGCAAGCUACCAUGGAAGGGGAUUGCGGUUUGCGGUUUGCAAAGCGCACCGGCACUACACAUCUAGACCACCAUUCCGCUAGACGAUGAGAUUAAUUACUUGGGUUUUAUAUUGGGUUGAAGCAUUGUUUUGCAGACUAAUUUAGCAUCUCGAUGGACUGUAAACAGUAUUGCAAAUUGUAUGCAUUUCAACGGAUGAUAUUCUGAGUACGCAACAAUGCCAUUCAUUUAUAUAAAUUAUAUUUCUUAACCCAUCUCUGGAUCUGCGCACAGCUGAAGGAUAAAAUAAACUAAAAGUGCGACUAUUUGUUGUUUUUGUCGUUGUCCUCUCGCUAAUGUGUUUACGUGUUUCAUCUGAUGGAUUAGUUUAACUGUCGACUGUAGCCUAUGUAGCUCGAAGGGAACUGUAGCCUUCACCAAUAUUUUUGGGGAGAUUCAUCGGACUUGCAAAAAAGCCAUAUCAUGUAUGCUGGACGUAAAAGGAGAAAACCAGUCCAGAGAGCCGUAAAACCGCCACAAUCAGAAGGGGCCAAGUCGAACCCCUCGAAGCGCCACCGGGACCGUCUGAAUGGAGAGCUGGAGAGGCUGGCCAGCCUCCUCCCCUUCCCUGAGGAGGUCACCACCAGCCUGGACAAACUCUCCAUCCUCCGCCUUAGUGUCAGCUACCUCCGGGCCAAGAACUUCUUCACCGUUGCCCUGAAGAACUGUACUUGCAGCGGUGGCAGCGCUGACAACAGCAAAGCCACAGGAUUGGAGGACAGUUGGCUGCCUGAAGGAGAACUGUUGCUGCAGGCUCUGAACGGCUUCGUCCUGGUGGUCACUAAUGACGGGACCAUUUUCUACUCCUCUCACACCAUUCAGGAUUACCUGGGCUUCCACCAGACUGAUAUUAUGCAUCAGAGUGUGUAUGAGUUGGUCCACACUGAGGACCAGCAGGAGCUGAGGAGGAACCUCCACUGGGCCCUCAGCCCACCUACCAUCAUGGACACACUGGGAAAGUCCUCCUCAGAUGUGGAGCCGGAGAGCGGCACCACUGUGACCUAUAACCCUGAGCAGCUCCCACCAGAGAACUCCUCCUUCCUGGAGAGGAACUUCGUAUGUCGCUUCCGCUGCCUCCUGGACAACUCCUCUGGCUUCCUGGCCCUGAGUCUGCAGGGCAGGCUGAAGUUCCUGCGUGGUCAGAACCAGCGGCAGGAAAACAGGGUCAAGGCGCCGCCCCAGCUGGCCCUGUUUGCCAUCGCUACGCCUCUCCAGCCCCCCUCCAUCCUGGAGAUCAGGACCAAGAACAUGACCUUCAGAACCAAACACAAGCUGGACUUCACCCCCAUGGCCUGCGACGCAAAGGGGAAAAUUGUGCUUGGGUAUACUGAAGCUGAACUUCGGGUGCGAGGCUCUGGGUAUCAGUUUAUCCAUGCGGCGGAUAUGUUGUACUGCGCUGAGAACCAUGUCCGAAUGAUGAAGACAGGGGAGAGCGGUCUGACCGUGUUCAGGCUCCUCACCAAGGACAACCUCUGGAAGUGGGUCCAGGCCAACGCCAGGCUGGUGUACAAGAAUGGAAAACCAGACUACAUCAUCGCCACACAGAGGCCUCUGAUGGAGGAGGAAGGAGGCGAACACCUACGUAAACGUUCCAUGCACCUCCCCUUUACCUUCGCCACGGGAGAGGCCCUGCUCUACCAGUCCAGCCAUCCAAUUGGACGCUUCAACCACAGCACCCAGGGCUCCGAGAAGAACGGCAACAAGUCCAAGAAGGGCCGGAUUGACAGGGUGUCCAGGGAUGGCCUGGACCCGGGCUCCCUCUUGGGGGCGCUGAUGAGUCAGGCUGAGUCUGUAUAUGUCUGCCAGCCGGCCUUGGAGCCCCAGCUGUCCUUCCACAGCAGUCUGUUCGGAGACCGGGUCGGUUUCUCUGACUCCGACCCCACCGCCCUGCUCCAGGGCUGGGAUGAGUCGUCCAACAGAGUGGUGGGUACGGGCCUUCCAGAACCGGCGUCGAGCUUCGACCCUCUGCUGGUGACCCUGGACUCCCUGUCCCUGGGAGGUCCGGGGGGUGGGGUGGACCGGAAUGGGGAUGGAGGAAAUGGGGAGAACUGUUCCAACGGGGAACUAUUUGGGGCUUUGGAGGGCCUGGGACUGAGCGCUGAGGACCUGGAGCUGCUGCUGUUGGACGAGAGGAUGAUCCGGGUGGAGAUGGACCCCGAGCGGGUUCCCACCCUGGAUGACCUGCUGACCAACGAUGAAAUCCUGUCCUACAUCCACGACUCCCUGGAGGCAAAUACAGAUGGGGCAGAGGACGGGGACCAGGUACCCUCCACGAUCCCAGGAACAAAUGCCCCAGAAACCACCACAAAAACAACAAAGGCUCCUGUUGAAAGUAAUCCCACUUCUGCCACCAAUGUGUACCCUCAGUACGUUCCCCAUAAUGCCCCCAUAGUUCAGCAGAUGCAGAAGCACCUCAACAUGCAGCCAGGGAGGGCGGUCCAAGACUGGGUCCAGCAUAGCAACCACUUGCCCCAUCCAGUGGUGAAUGGACUGCAGGGGCAGAGUCAGCCAAUACACAACGGAGAAUGGACAUCCCUACACAUUCUAGCCAAUACAGGGGUACCGGUUGACGACUGUCACACCCCCCAGACUCUGUUAAAUGGAAAGGCGUCAGAGCCGGAUGGGGACCAUCACUGGCGGCAAGCCCACCAACGUCAACACUACCUCCAGCAGCAGCAGGCCCUGGUCCAGAUACCGCUCCCUCACAGCCAUGCCAAACAUCCAGGCGCUAAUCUCAACGGAGUGUGUGGCAUUCCAAACACACACACAGAGCAUCUCCCAGCUGGCAAACAGCAAUGGCAGGACUAUAGCUACUGCCCCCCUGGGGAAACCACCCCGAACAGCAACCCCCCUGGGCAAACCACCCUGAACAGCAAUCCCCCUGGGCAAACCACCCUGAACAGCAACCCCUCUGGGAAAACCACCCUGAACAGCAACCCCCCUGGGAAAACCACCCUGAACAGCAACCCCCCUGGGCAAACCACCCUGAACAGCAACCCCCCUGGGCAAACCACCCUGAACAGCAACCCCUCUGGGCAAACCACCCUGAACAGCAACCCCUCUGGGAAAACCACCCUGAACAGCAACCCCCCUGGGCAAACCACCCUGAACAGCAACCCCUCUAGGGAAACCACCCUGGUCAGCAACCCCUCUGGGCAAACCACCCUGAAUAGCAACCCCCCUGGGCAAACCACCCUGAACAGCAACCCCCCUGGGGAAACCACCCUGAACAGCAACCCCCCUGGGGAAACCACCCUGAACAGCAACCCCUCUGGGAAAACCACCCUGAACAGCAACCCCUCUGGGAAAACCACCCUGAACAGCAACCCCUCUGGGCAAACCACCCUGAACAGCAACCCCCCUGGGGAAACCACCCUGAACAGCAACCCCUCUGGGCAAACCACCCUGAACAGCAACCCCUCUGGGGAAACCAUCCUGAACAGCAACCCCUGCCUUAACGAUGGCCAGGUACCUCUCCUCACACACACCACCGUAGCCGCUUGUAUGAAUUACACUAUGGCUGAUAUUCCCGGCAUGGACUGUACCAUCAACAGAUGUACAUAUGGGGGGAACGGGCAGCACCACGGGACCGGGGCUGCCGUUUCGUCCUACCAGAGGAUGAACCACAAGCAGCAGCAGCAGGAGAAGCUGCCCCCUCCCUUGGCUCAGGUGCAGUGCCCUCCUCCCUCUGCUACAGUAGAGCAGAUCCUUGUGGUUGGACACUCUUCACUGGAGGCCAAUGGCAUCGUGACCUCUGACAUCCCUCACCACCCCAACCACAGUAAGAUGGAAAAUGGCUGCAUUCUUAACGGGACCUACUCAGGAGGCUGUGUUCUGCCCAAUAGGAGUGGUGCCCUCUAACGGCCAACUCCCCUGCCCUGACACUCUCCAGACCCCCAGACCUCAGGCUUUUACCUCUGACUGGGGACCUCCAAGGGACACUAACUGACUGGAGGGUCCCACCCUACCACUGGACCAGCUUGUUACUCUAGUUGACAACAAAAGCAACACUUAGGCCUAAAUAUUUUUGGUACUUUUGUUUGGUUGGGUUUGAUGGUUCAUAAUAACAUAAUUAUAAUUUGAGUCCUUUGUUUACAAUAUGACGUCGGAGCGCUAAAGUUGAGUUUUAUUCUGUUUUUAAAAUAACUCAGAAGAAAAUGAUCUUAGUCUUAGAAUUGUUGUUUCUGUUUUUAAAUGUAAAACAAAUAUAUAUAUAUUUUUAGUCCUGGUGGAAGUACAACAUGGUCAUUGGUAGUCAUGGAGACACCACCUAACCCUGCAUGUAUAGAUGCUUACGGCACCAUCACAUUUAUGAUUUGUUGUGACACGUGACAUCAUGAUCGGUGUCAUGAGUUGUCAUACAACAGGAAUGGAACCUUCAAAUGCAACGUCCAGUGCUCAUGAGAUUCCUCUUAUUGGGGAACGUUAAUUGUUUUGGAACAUUAAGUCAUGUAAAGGAAAAACAGGUCUAGAAUAUCCUGCACUUUAUUUCAAGCACCCAGUGAUGCAGAUACGGUAGUCGGUCAGGGAAACUAGGGUUAUUUAGGUCCCCCUAAAAAAUGAUACAGAGAUGGACCUUCUUUUACAUUUUUAAUAUUUGAGGUUGGGAAAUCUGUAACAAUUGUCUUUUUGUUCUAUUUUUUGCGGUAUUAUAUUUCAGGUGAUCGGUUGAUGUCCUCACACUUCUGUACAAUUGUCAUAUUUUUGUUCACUUGAAUUAUCAUUUUGUUGUUGUUGUCGUUGACAUCUUGUACCUCUGUGAGAGUUUGUCCAAUACUAAGGUCAACUGACUCUGAACUAGCUUUGAAGGCUGCUUUGAAUUCAGUAUUUAUUCAUUUGUGAUUCAUUCCUCUAACAUACCUUACAACAUACCAUCUUGAUGAGAUGGGAAGUACUGUAUAUCGUCAGAUACUAAACGUUGCCAGCAACUAUUCCAGUCUUAUGAUGUUGAUCUAAUGACAGUUCACUGACAAAUCUGAAAACCAAAUGAUCUCUUCUGGAAGGAUACCAUGUUGAAUGUUUUAUGUAAAUACUAAAUCAUUUGGGCAGUAGUGCUAAAUAUAAUUAUUUCAUCAUGGAGAUGCUGAAAAGAGAUUUCCUUGUAGUUGUUACAAUAAUUAUCGUCAUUAUUUUUGUUAUUAUUACCAUUAUUGUCAUUUAUUGUGUUUUAAGUUGAAAUGUGAUACACGUGUGGUUUCAGAAUCAACUUGGUUUCUUUCCCCUUUCUUUUUUUACUAUUAAAAUGUUUGAUAUAUUUAA